GCGAAUCAAUUCAAAGGUUGGCGUGCAGAAGCAUGACUGUCAGUAUCGCCGUGUCACAGCUGGGGCUGCAGACUGAGCAUUGUUAAAGUCAAAAAGCAGGAAGAGACUGAAUAUUACAGGAAAACAUGUCGAAACCGGACAGUACCAAGCGACAGCCCGUCACCGGGACUGGGCGCUUCAUCAGCGGCGUAGUAGAAGGCUUUUAUGGGCGGCCGUGGACUAUGGAGCAAAGAACAGAGCUGUUUAAGAGGGAACAGAAGUGGGGUUUGAACACAUACCUGUACGCCCCCAAGGAUGAUUACAAACACAGGAUGUACUGGAGAGACUUGUACGCUGCUGAGGAGGCCGAACAACUAAUGAGCCUGAUAUCAGCAGCGAAACAGCACGACGUCGAGUUCGUCUAUGCAAUCUCACCCGGUCUGGACAUUACUUUCUCCAACCCUAAAGAAGUAGCUGCCCUGAAGAGGAAACUAGAUCAGGUCAAGGAGUUUGGCUGCAGGUCUUUCUCUUUACUCUUUGACGACAUCGAGACUGAGAUGUGUCCAGCUGACAAGCAGGCUUUCAGCUCCUUCGCCCACGCUCAGGUGGCCAUCACUAACGAGGUGUACAUGCACUUAGGAGAGCCCGAAGUCUUCCUCUUCUGUCCUACAGAUUACUGUGCUGCCUUCUGUACGCCCAGUGUAACCCAGUCCUCGUACCUGAACACGGUGGGAGAGAAGCUCCUGCCUGGCAUUGACGUACUGUGGACUGGUCCAAAGGUAGUAUCCCACAAAAUCUCAGUUGAAUCCAUAGAGGAGGUAUCCUCAGUCCUGAAGAGGGCACCAGUCAUCUGGGACAACAUUCAUGCCAAUGAUUAUGAUCCCCAAAGGCUUUUCCUUGGACCCUAUAAGGAUAGACCCACUGAUCUGAUCCCAAAACUGAAAGGAGUGCUCACAAAUCCCAACUGUGAGUUUUACCCAAACUUCGUGGCCAUUCACACUCUGGCAACAUGGUGUAAAGCACCUGCCGAAGGAGCACCGAGGGAUGUGGAGAUGGGUGAUGAAGAGCAGGAUCCUUGCUACAGCCCACAGAAAGCCCUGAAUCUGGCCCUCACUGACUGGCUGGAGGAGUUCAUGAGCACAGAUCAACCAGGAGGCCCUUGUCAUCCUCGCCUGAAGAAAGAGUCAUCAGAAGAGGAGCCCAUGCAGACAGACAUGGGUGAGAGCCCCUACAUUCCUGGUGCCGGGGAGAACCCAUUGUACACAGCUGAGCCUCUGACCCUGGAUGACCUGAAGCUGCUGUCAGACCUCUUCUACCUGCCCUACGAACACGGUACCACAGCCAGGGCCAUGCUGCAGGAGCUGGACUGGCUCAAAAACCAAAGUCAGGCAGCAGCUGCAGAGACAGACAAGGUAGUAUUUAUAUUUAUAUACAAACACAGAUCAUUUUUCUACAUGUUGUCCUCCUACAGCUGUUUUCUGUUUUUUCAGACAGCAGAGUGGUGCUCAAGAGCCCAGCAGUUCGAUAACAUGUGUGAGGCAGUGGUGCAGAUGUUCAACCGCCUGUCAAAUGCCCCGAACCGCAGCAUCCUGUACGACCUGUACAACUACAUCUGUGACAUCAAGAGUGGGGUCGGUCUGGCUCGAGCCUACGUGAAAACACUAGGAGGCCACAGCCAACCCUCAGCCCAGUUAUUGAACGAUGAUCCUGAACCUUGGGGCUUCAGAGGAGGCCUGUCUGGAGAAUUCCAGAGAAUGCUGCCAGGACAUGGAAACAGAGACCUGUUCAGACAUCCUCCCAUGACAGCAGUUUACUGCAUACGACCCUACUGCCCUGAGGACAAGCCAGAGGUAGAAAGGAUUUUCAGGGAGAUGCAGAAAGCAGGAGAAGGCCACUCUGCCUUGAUGGCUCAGUCUCCACUUAUCAGCGACAGCCUGUCAGCAGGUGAAAUCUCUCCUUCCCCUCUCUGUGGUCUUAUCCUGGAGGAUGACCUCGGGCUGUGUGGCUAUGCACUGGCCCUCACUGAUGCCAAACCAGCUGCAGCCAAGAUCCAGAGGGCAGUAAGUGGUUCAGUGUUUGAAGAGUUCCCCUCAGUGAUUGCUCUGGAAAUGCUCCCUCGGGUCACUGAUCCUUCUCCAGCCAAGCGCAUGAUUGGUCAGCUGUUGUCCUCCAUCAGGAGCAGUGGGUCCAGAGGAGCCUUUUGUGAGUUGAGGCAGAGCAAUCGGAGGAUGCUCGACUUUUAUUCCAAACUGGGCUCCUUCAAACUCGUACAGACGGACGGGCUACCGCAAGACAUCCUUGUAAUGGCAACGAGCCUGUGAAAAAGACUGCUCAUGAGUACUUUCCUCAGGUUUGAAAUGAGGAGAUAAACAUCUGCUAUGUGACCAAUCGCUAACUUUGGAGCAUGUUAAACUGAUUCAAAAUGUUUUCACGUUAGGCGGUUAAUCGGUGUGAUCCUGCACCCAUUGCCAAGUCUUUGAAAGGCCUGAUUAAAUCUGAAUACGAACUAAUGUAUAGUGAAAAGUGUAAUGCGUUACUAUAGAUUUUGUAGACAUGAAACUGUAAAAUGUAUAGGUAUUUUUUAGAUGAAUUUGUUGAUUUAAUCAAGUUAAAUAAAUGCAACGAAAUACCACAGCAAAUGCAA